GAAGAACGGAGAAGCCGAACGCGCCGAUCAGCUCCUGGGGCUUGUCUCGCCCUGCUGAAGCGCUUUGGCGGUUCGCUUGCCCGUGAGGCGUGAGGGCCGCUGCGUUUUUUAAGUUGUAUGUGAUUUAGGGCAUGCUAAUUAGAUACCGUAAGCGACCUUUGAGCCCCCAGCUGCGGGGCAGCGGCAAGCUGGCGCGGUUGGCUGCCUGGAAGCUAUUCGCGUGCCCAGACGUGGCUAAAAGAGUGCACGCUAGCUGCAGAGGGCAAAACAGAUUCAUUUUCUGAAAAUUACUGCAUGCUUCCUUGAAAUUGGGACCCUCGUUGAAAUCCUUAAUUAGUGCUGUUUGAUUUACUGCUUGGUAAUUCCAUGAAGUGAAGCAAAUGCUGAACCUGGAAUUCGGUGGUGUUACUGCCCUUGGCACAUCAUGGAGCAUUUAGAAGGUGUUAUUGAGAAACCAGAAUCUGAGAUGUCCCCACAAGAGUUGCAGCUUCAUUACUUCAAAAUGCAUGAUUAUGAUGGCAAUAAUCUGUUAGAUGGGUUGGAGCUUGCUACUGCGAUAUCACACGUCCACAAAGAGGAAGGUGGUGAGCAUACCCAGGCAAUGAAAGAAGAAGAGCUGAUCAGUCUAAUAGAUGAUGUCUUAAGAGAUGAUGAUAAGAACAACGAUGGAUACAUUGACUAUGCAGAAUUUGCAAAAUCACUGGAAUAAGGUUUUGCAGGGGGCUUCUUUCACCUUCUGACUACGUGGAAAUGAAAUGUGAACUAGUAUAAUGUGAUUGAUUACUCUCUCAUUCCAACUCUGCCAUGAGCAGAGGCAUGUACCAGUUGCAGCUGAAUUUAUUUGAAAGUUUAAUGUGUUAAGAGGCUGGAUAAUUAACUUGGAGCAAGAGCCAUGUUUGACUGAACGUAGCAUCAGAUUUGAAUCUUGAAGCAUGGGAGCAUCAACAGUACUCACAUAGCAUACAGCUGGCAGACUAUUGUAUGAUCUAGUAUGAAUACUAAAUAGGUCACAUACCAUCACCAUUUCAGUUUAACUGCAGUUGAGUUACAUAGUACUUGUUUGCUUUCAUCUUCCAUUUAAACUUGUGAAAUACCUAGAAAGCAAGAAAAGAUUACUGCAUAUAGUUGCAUUUCAAAGAUAAAUGUCCUUACCUUUCCACUAAUCACAAAGAAAGUUUGCAUACAAGCACAGGUGGUUGAAGGAACUAUUGUAGAGAAAAAGCGUUUGAAUGUGGUUUAUGUUUGAGGUCCACAUGAUACCAUAUGGACUUCAACACAGUCUUUGAAGAAACUGAGUACUUUUAAAUAUAUUUUUUAGUAUACCCUUAUAUUUUACAUAUAAAUAUAUAUACAGGUGUCUUUCAAUCCCUUCUCAUCCUUCACAGAUACACUUUAUAAUCUUAAUUUACUGAUAUUUUUUUCUCUGCCUUCUGUGGUAUUUUCUUAAGAAAAUUAAAGUAUUUUUAUUACAUUUAUAUAUUGUACUAAUGCUGAAUAUCAGUUACUUAGAGUAGCUUCUCCCACCUUGUUUUGAAGGUCACAUUAACAGUAAACCAGCUUAACAAAGCUUCUGUGCAAUUUGGGUUUUGACAGUGUUAGCCAGCAGGAUAAUCUAAGUGAGCAAGUAAUGCUGCCUUGUUAAGUUUUAAGUUCCUGUUCCUUGACAAUUAAAUUACAGUAUUACUUUCAAGAGGUAUUUCAUAACAGUUGCAGGAUCCUUGGAUGUUUGCAAAGUAGCAUGGCUCUAGGAAUGUUUUUCACUGUGUCGACUCAGUACUUGAUAAAUCAAGCAGUUUAAGGAUAUUAGACAAAUCAUAUAUGGCUGUGUUAUUGAUAUUUGGUGACUUUAAAACAUAACUGAAAUCUUAAAUUGCAUUCAAUCAUUAUCCAUUAGUAAAGAAUCUAAAUGUUAGCGUAUCCGUGUAAAAUGUACAAAGAGCUAUUUUCUGUACAAAAUUAUUCUUAUACAAGAGAAACACAUUUGUAAAAAUGAUUUCCUCUGUUUAAAAGAUUGUGCAAUGAA